AUGAACAGCCGCGCGCUUUGCCUCUACAUCGCGCUCCUCUACCCGAUUCCCAAAACAUUGACGGAAUACUCAACCAAUACUGAUUCGGAGUACGAGUUUGGGGAUUACCGGGGCAAGUGGUGCUUAGACGACCACGGAUUUGUGUAUAGCAUCGGGGAGGUGUACUAUCCCAGUCCAUCUGCUUGUCCGUGCACCUGCACUGAAGACGGACCCGUGUGCAUACGACCCAAGUGUCCUCGCAUUCAUCCUCGAUGUACGCGGAUUAAAUACAAGUCCUGCUGUCCAGUGUGUGAGGCAGUUAGCAAAGUGUGUGUAUAUGGUGGCAAAAUGUACAGAAUAUUCGAGGAAUUCAGGUUGUCACGCUGUGAGAGAUGUCGUUGCGAGCCCAACAGGGAGGUGUAUUGUUCCAUCUCUGACUGUCCUGCACCACACUGUGUCAACCCUACAUAUGAGCCCAACCACUGCUGUCCUGUCUGCUACACUGGGCCCAAUUGUUUUGUGGGCGACAGAGUGAUCUCGGCAGGGGAGUGGGUAGAGAUAGACAAGCAAACUGUGUGUUACUGCACCUACCGGGACGGCACCUGGCAGAUGCACCCCCAUGCCACCUGCGAGCAGCGCCCGCUGCCGGACCCCGAUCUCAACCCCAGCCCCUCUGAGCCCCCCGAGGAAGACGAGACCAAGCAGAUGGACAGGGACUUCCGCCCCAGGCUGGACUGGAUCCCAUGAGCAGGCAGGAGGGUGGGUGUGAGAGGGUAAUAGUGCGCCAAGGGGAAACGGGGAGAUGA